CCGGUGAAUUGGAAGGAACACCUGCAAUGGAUGAGGGCUGGAAUGAGGGCGAAGUCGAAGAGAUUACAUCACAUUUACAAGAUGGCAGAUUGGUUGAACUUAGCAAAUCCUUUCUCAUGAAGAUAAAAAACUGUUCCGACCUAACGAACUUGGGUGGUGGUUUCGCUCGCGUUCCUAUUCCUGGAUUCAAACACAAACUUGUCCUUAAGGCAAUAGGAGGUGAUGAUGAGAACUACAAAUCUCAGACGCAACUUUUAGGUUCCGUUAAAAAUGAGAAGCUGGCAUCACGCGUGAAGCAUUUUGCUAUCGUUCCACUGCUGGCAUACCACGAUGAUCUUUUGUUAGGUAUAUAUUACUUGAUAUCACCGUUUUUUGAAAAUGGUGAUCUUUUCAAUGCACUUCAAUCCGACAAUGGGGACAAGGUUCUACUUGACUGGAAAACGAGGCUGAAAGUGAGCUACCAGAUAGCGUGUGGAAUAGACUACAUGCACACAAAUAAUUCGUUUCGGGGAACCAUUCUACAUCUGGACAUCAAGUCUAAGAACAUCGUGCUUGACAACAAAUUCAACGCUAGGUUGAUAGAUUUUGGCUUGUCAAGAGAGUCAAUGACAGGAAGCAAUAUAACAACAACGCCUUUAGCAGGAACGGAAUUAUAUCGUCCACCAGGUGUUCACAAAACGAGCCCUUUACUGGAUUUGUAUGCUUUCGGUGUUGUUAUUCGGGAAAUUUUAACUGGUCUAGGUCCUGAGGGAAAAAGUCGUUCUGAGACACCACUGGGACUGUUGGACAAUGUGAAUUUUGAAGAAUUAGUACAGACGCCUACACCAAAUAAUUGA